AGCGCGCAAGAGGCCUAGCCGGGUACUCUCCACAGGUGAGGGGGGAGUAUCCGGGCGGGCCUGCUCCGCUGCGCGACACUCUGCAAUAGCUAGCAAUGCAAACAGAGCAAGUCCCUUACAGAGAGGCCGCGGCGCGCAGAGAGGGAGGCUCAGGGGUUCCAGUGUUAGCAAGCAGGCUUAUGGGAGAGCUAGAAGCGCAUUGCUGGAGCGCCAGUGGUAUCACAGGGGGGGUGCCAGCAGCAACUAUGUACCCCAAACAAGGGUGAAUGCGCCCACUGAUGGGGCACAGGGCGAGUCGCUAGGCACAAUAACUGCAGGGGUCCAAGGGGGCAAAGGGCUUGUUGCGGCAGGUGCUCAGAACGUUCAUUCAGUCAGGGAGCGUGUGGUCAGAGAAUCCCCCUAUGUGGCAGGGCCAGCGAAUGAAUGGAGUGGUGAUAUGAAUGACGAGAGGGCUAGAGGGGUCCCAGACAGGGCCGGGGGCAGUACUUCUACCCCGAUUGGGGGCGGCAGUCAAGGGGGACACACGGCUGGCCUGGAUACUCCCCUCUCGUUUGUUUCUCCCCCACAGGACAUGGUGCCUACACCGCAGAGGACAGAGGGCCCGGGUACAACGGGAGUAGGACUAUCUGUACAGCCAGCAGGCGGAUCAGUGGCAGCUGCACCAGGAACAUCUACCCCGUCAACAUCGGCAGUUGGUGUGGCUACAGGUCCUUCUCGUAUCUGGAUAAUAGGGCACUCCUACGUGCACUGGGCGGCACUGAAGGCCCAUUCUCUUCCUGAGGGGCAGCAGUUGGGGAUUCCGACGUCUCAGGCAUCAAUACGGUGGUUGGGCCGUAGAGGCUUACAGUGGGAUGGUUUGCCUGCCCUCCUCCAGAAUGCCAGACAUCGAUGGGGACAGCCCCACAUCAUCCUCCUUCACAUGGGGGGAAAUGAUAUAGGGAGUGCACCUGCUCUAGAUCUCAUCAAUGCGAUGAGGUCGGAUGUCAAGUGGAUCUGUACCACGUUUCCGGGGGUUAGGCUGGCCUGGUCCAACAUAAUCCCCCGGCUGCGUUGGAGAUAUUUCCCCACACCGAGGAUAGCAUAUAGGGUUAGGAAAAAAGUUAACAGGGAGCUGGGUAGAGCAGUAAUAGAGGUAGGGGGUUUUGUGGUCCGCCAUGAACUGAUCUCAGCGGACAAAAAAGGGCUGUAUCGCCCGGACGGGGUGCACCUGUCCGACGAAGGGCUGGCGAUCUUCCUGGUGGACCUCAAAACGGCUCUGGUUAGUAAUAUUUAGCGGGUGGCGGCAAGAGCCCGGUUUAUGUGGGAGUGCCUGUCUCUUGUGGCGGGAGGUCGUAGCCAUCAACAAUUGAGGGCGGAGUCUGUAGAGGUGACAGUCGGGCUAAUGGGCGGGGGUGAUGUCCUCAGGUCGUGACCUGGGGGGCCCCGCCCCGCGGGUCUGCUGGCUGAAGAUCCUUUAGGACGUCCGCGCCUACUAGACGGAAUGGGGUGGGGCCACAUUUGUGCCCACCCUUGGCAUUUGCUAUUCCACGACAUCUGGCUGCGACCUCUUGUCAUAUGGAGCUAAUAGUUUACUAGGCCUCGAAUGCCGCCACAAGUUAAAUAUUUGAAUGACUUCCGUUGAAGUCAAGUUAAUAAAUGUGACCAUCGUUAUGGUCUUUAAAUCCCAGCUAUCUGUGUCGUGUCUUUAUUUAUAAGUUAAGUAGUUAUGUUAAGUUGUUUUGAAGGGGUUGGAACUACCAGAUACAGCAUCAGCCCUUAGGGGAAUGAAAGGUAGCAGAGUCUCCUGUAAUGGAGUUAAGGGAUGAGCUGACAGGCUAAUGGAAAAUCCCAGUGUAGUGUAGCAGCAACAAUGUUGCAAAGUAA